UCCUCGACCAGUCCCACUGCAGCCACGAUGGAGGCAGCAUCACAGUAGUUGCGUGCAGUAGUGGUUCAGCCCAGUCCGGUAGUGGUUCAGCCGAGGCCGGCUCUGCAGGACCGACUUUAUUCAUAAAACAUCGCCCUGAGUUGCGCGCUGGGUUUAUGGUGGUGGUGGUUAUGGUGAUUCAGUUACCAAAUAUCUCCUUUGUAUUCGCAUCUAGCUUGUGAACCGAACCGCUGAGAUGGAGAACAUAGAUAAUCGUAAGUUCGACCCCCCAGCUCUCGUAGAGAGUCUGGCCGAUGUGUCUAGCGGCCCCGCCAGCGAAGCAAACGAUAAGGGGCCCGCGACACACAGUCUCCUCAUUGUGGAAGAACUGGAGGAUUCCGCGAGCGAGGACCACGGCGGGGCAAGUGCAUCCCCGGCCGCCGAAGCGACCCUCGGGGACGGCCUGAACCCCCCGAAGGAGAAGAUACGACGCCACUCCUCCUACGAGGCGCCGAGGCUGUCUACGUUGCCUGCUGCGAGGCCCUCGCGCAAGAUCAGCCUCGCAGCUCCCAUGCAGUCAGUCAGCAGGAGGAAGGAAGCCUACAAGUAUAACCACGCCCCCCUCAGCAUAGCCUCGGGGACCAUUGAGGACGACGAGGCCGACGCGCAGAGGAUUCGGCGCGCCCUCGGCAUCCCCUUCGACGAGGACUUCAGCAGAAAGAACUAUGAGAGAGACGCCAUCCAGAAGAAGACGUUUACGAAAUGGGUGAACAAACACUUAAAAAAGGCGGGAAAGCAAGUCCGAGACCUGUUCGAGGACCUCCGCGAUGGCCACAACCUCAUCUCCCUGCUGGAGGUGUUGUCGGGCGAGCACCUGCCCCGGGAGCGAGGCCGGCUGCGCUUCCACAUGCUACAGAACGUUCAGCUCACCCUCGACUUCCUCAGAUACCGCAAGAUCAAACUUGUCAACAUCCGGUGUGAAGAUAUCGUCGAUGGCAACCCCAAGCUCACCCUUGGGCUCAUAUGGACGAUCAUCCUUCACUUCCAGAUCUCGGACAUCAUGGUGGGGCAGGAGGAGAACCUGACGGCCAAGGAGGCGCUGCUGCGGUGGGCGCGCCUCACUACCCACAAGUACCCCAAUGUCGACGUCAAGAACUUCACCACCUCCUGGAGGGACGGCCUCGCCUUCGUCGCCAUCAUUCAUAGGAACAGACCCGACCUGGUUGAUUGGCGUGCCCUCCGCCAGAGGUCUCCCAGAGAGCGACUUGAAACAGCCUUUAAUGUCAUGGAGCGCGAGUACGGCGUCACACGACUUCUCGACCCUGAAGAUGUUGAUACCCCGGAACCAGACGAGAAGUCGUUGAUUACGUACGUGUCGCAGCUCUAUGAGAUCUUCCCAGAGCCACCCUCUAUUCAUCCCUUGUUCAACAUUGAGGCGCAACGCAAGCUAGAAGAGUACCGAGAAAUGGCCACCACACUGCUUCACUGGAUCCGCGAACACACCUCCAUCAUGAGGGACCGCCACUUCCCCUCAAACACCAUCGAACUCAAGAGAAUGGCCCAAGAGAGCACCAGGUCGGGGAAACGAGCCUGCGAGGAUACGAUCAAGACCCUGCACUCCGACGUCAAGGUCCUCCGCGACGGGAAAUACCACGAGGCCCCUACGCUUCACAAGAGGGUUGUGAAACUAGAAGAACGAUACGUAAGUGUGAGGACCCUCUUCGAGAACCGCCUGCUUAUAGUUCUUAACAAUAGAUCGUUUACCCAACAAGAAUCCUACACCACCACCAAGAGAAUAGUUGUUUCCGAAUCCCGACUUGUCGAUACGAACGAACACUUCCGGUUCCUCCAGGAGUGUAUCAACUGGUGCAAAGACAAACUUAAAAAGUUGAACGACAGCGAAUACGGCAAUGACCUGGCAGCUGUGGAGAAGGAGUACGACAGCCACCAGAAAGAGCACAAGAUCAUCCAUCAGUUCCACACUAACGUCGACAAGUGUGCAGCCGAGGAGAGUAACUUCAGCGGCGAGGAGCAGCAGGUGUACAUCAACCUGUUGUCUCAGCUGCGUAAGAUCUAUGCAGAGCUUCUCUCUCUGAGCAACAAGCGUGUGUCAGACUUGCACAGCCUCCUGGAUUUCCUGCAAGCUGCAACACAGGAGCUCAUUUGGCUCAACGAACGCGAGGAACAAGAGCUGAACAGAGACUGGGCUAACAAGAGCUUGAACAUCAAUGACGUAGAACGUUACUAUGAGAAACUCAUGAGCGAACUCGAAAAGAGAGAGGUGCAGUUUAGCGCCGUACAAGACCGUGGCAACAGCUUGGUCAUUGGACACCAUCCUGCCAGCAAGACGGUGGAGGCGUACCUGGCGGCCAUGCAGACGCAGUGGCAGUGGCUCCUGGAGCUGACCCUGUGCCUCGAGACGCAUCUCCAGCACGCCUCCCACUACCAUACCUUCUUCACUGACAUCGCCAACGCCGAACAGUGGAUCAUGGCACAAGACGAGAAGCUGAACACCACAUAUUCGACGACGGACUUCGGUCUGGAUGACGGCGAACAGCUCCUGCGCGAAAUGCAGGACAUCCGGGAAGAAUUGUCCCAGUUCAACUCGACCGUGGAUGAGCUGAUCAACAGGGCCAAGUCCGUUGUCCCUCUCAAGCAACGCAGACAGACACUGAGACAGCCUACGUCCGUCACUGCAAUCUGCAACUACAAAAAGAUGGAUAUGAGCAUCAACAAGGGCGAGCGUUGCACUGUGCAUGACAACAGCAACAGAGUCAAGUGGAGCGUGGUGACCAGCUCGGGCAGCAAGGGCAUGGUGCCAGGCGUCAUCUUCACCAUCCCGCCGCCCAACCAGGAGGCCAUCGACGCCGCCGAGAAGCUCAAGCGCCAGUACGAAAGGUGCAUCGCCCUCUGGCAGAAGAAACAGUUGCGCAUGCGUCAGAACAUGAUCUUUGCUACCAUCAAGGUUGUGAAGAGCUGGGAUCUUGCUCAGUUCAUUGCGAUGGGAGCAGAGCAGCGCAAUGCCAUCCGUAAGGCGCUGAACGAAGACGCUGAGAAAUUGAUCCAAGAAGGAGACCCGAACGACCCCCAGCUGAGACGACUGAAGCGAGAGAUCGAUGAAGUCAACAGACUCUUCGAUGAAUUUGAGCGUCGUGCAGCCGAGCCCAAGCCAGGGGCAGUGCUGUCCGACCAAUGCAGCAGCCUCAAGGAGUACCUCGACAUGAUGGAGAAGACGCUCAUCCAACGGUGCCUUGCUGCCAUCCCUCGGGACCUGGACCUCCUCGAGCAGCUGGUCAUCGAGCACAAGCAGUUCGAGAACGACCUCUCCUCGCAUGAGCUGGAGGUUGAAAGCAUCCAGAAGAACUACCAGAACUUGACCCGCCGAACGCCUGCCAUACAACGCCAGGUCGAGUCCAUCACACAGCAAUGGGAUCGCAUCUGGGCCCUCUCGCAUGUGUAUAUCGAACGAAUGAAGUGUGUCGAGAUGGUUGUGACUGGCAUUGAGGAGGGAACCCAAGUCGUGUCCGAGGUUGAGCUGAAGCUCGCUGAGCACCAGGACCUGCCCGACGAACUCGAUGACUUGGAGCGCGUUCACCAGGAGCUCCUCGACAUCCAGCAGAUUGUCCAAGAUCACCAGGUGUUGAUCGAUCGCCUCUUGGAGGAAUGUCGCAAUGUUCGCACACUUGUAGUGAAGUCAAGACCGAGUCAGAAGAUCCACCCGGACGUCGACAGAUUAGAAGAGGACGUGAGAAAGCUGCGCAUGCGCUGGGAGAACAUCUGCUCGCAAAUUAUUGAAAGGUUGCGAAGCUGUGAAGCUGCAUGCGAACUUCUCACCAAGUACCGCAAUGGCCAUGAUGUGGAGAAGGUGGACCUCAGCGACUUCGAGACUGGCCUCCGCAACCAGAAGAUUGAAGACCUCGGACCUUCUGAGGCCGAGCUAGAACUAGAGAGGUUGAGGAGCAUGUACAUGAAAAUUAUAGCGAAGAAAACAAGCAUAGAACAUGUAAAUACCCUUGGCGGCCGAUUCAUACGGGAAGCCAAGAUCUAUGACUUGCGCCUGUCCCAGUACAAGGCAAGUCUAGAAGAGGUACACCCUAGUCUGGACGCGAGCCUAAGGAAGAGGCCUCGCAUCCAGAGUGGGGAAGAGAAUGUGGCUCAGCAGCUGGACAAGCUCAACGCCCAGUACCAGUUCAUCGCCGACGAAACGUACGACCGAAUCGCCAAGAUUUACAAUCGGUUCCGACACGAGAAGAAAUUCAACAUAGAACCCUGGAGGUUUGGAGUGGGGCGAAUGAGUAGGCGGGGAAUGGGCGGAGCUGGAAGAGGCCCGGGUCUGGGGCAUCGGUGCUCGCCGUCCAACCAGUGCCCAGUGCCCCCCUCCCGGCCAAGCAUGGAAGGUUGGGUCGGUGGGAGCCUGCGGGGAGGGUGGAGCGCCAGCAUAUCGAACACAGGCGGCAGCAUGAGCACUUGCUCGAGCAACAAUUUUAGCUCGAGUGUGACGACAACGAGUAUUUCUCGAUCGAGCAUGUCUAGUUCAUCUUACUCGAGUUCCUUCACCUCACGCUCGGCGAUGUCCUCUGAUUUCCGAAAUUCGGUGACCUCGCGCUCGACCACUCAGAGCUCAAGCAGUGGGGUUCAUAGCGGCGAGAGGCGCAGCUUGUCUGUUGCUAACAUGGGGUCAGGAGUGAUUCGGUCGAGUAGGACCGACGAAGCUCCUUCACAUGGAUUGACGAGGUCGACCGUAAAUUCUCGAAUCUUUGGCUCUGAAGGCGGGAAAACGUCCAGUCUGAGAGAAGCGAGUCAAAAUUCAAGGUUGCCUUCUAAUUCAAUAAGAACCAGUGACAUAAGUAGUAGUACCUCUCGCAGUGUGCCAAGGACAAGUUUUUCAAGGGCAAGCACUUCAGGUUCCAACUGGACCAAACCCACAACAGCCAACUCGAGUUCUUCUAAACCUAGUGCAUCAAACCCCCCUUUGUCGAAGUCGCACAAACCGAACGUUGCCGCAGCCAAGCCCAAGGCGCCCAGUCAAAAGGUCCCAAAAAGUACAACCAAGCCGACCACCGCGAGAACCAAGACUGGCACAAGGUCGGGCGAGGCAAGGCCGAGUCUGACCAGGGGCCAGACUCCAAAGACAGCCGGCGGCGAGGCAACGUCCCGCCGACCCAAAUCCGCUCCCAGGGACGAUGCAGCGAAAGACAGACCGUCCAAAAGCGCCGCGGAAAAGGGAAAAGAUUCCGAGGACCGCGGCGGGCGAGACGAGCAAGAUGAGCGAGACGCGUCCGUAUUGCACGGGAGGACGCGCAGGAAAGGGGACAGGGCCGUCACCAGCAUCUACUUCCAGCUCGAAGAUCUCUCUCCUAUUAACCUGGACAAAACUUUCCGCACGGAGCUUAACUUGCAAGAUGAUCGGCAACCAGACAAGGAGGCCCUUAUCAUGGAGGAAGGCAUGGAGUCGAGGUUACGCUCAGAAGCCCAGGUGACGGUGACAGGUGCCUCACUGCCUCUCCAGCGUCGCUCCUCAGCCACACAGCUGAUGGAGACUGACACUGUUGACAGUCAGGUCACCACCACCACUUUGGCGGGCUCCUCGCUUCAGGUAACCACCACUUCCUCCAUGCGACGGCUAACUCCUGCUUCUGCUGCUGCCACCGGGGUUGCCGAACCUCACUUGGUUCAUCCUGAGACCGGGGAGCGGCUGACCUUGCACCAGGCCAUGGAACUAGGUCUGGUGGACUUGGCAUCAGGCAACAUGAUUCAUCCUACCACUGGGGAGACUUUCCCCUUGAAUGAGGCUGUGCAGCGCGGUUAUCUCAGCCCUACUCUUUUGCAGCAUCUUCAGACCCCUUGUGGCAUUAAGGAUCCAACCACAGGGCGCGAACUAACACUUUUAGAGGCUACAAAGCAGGGGUUAUUCAGUCCUGAAGAAGGCGCCUUCAGGGACCCCACAACAGGCAAACUACUAACACCUGAGGAGGCUGCUAAAGUUGGCUUCGUCAUUUUGGAGAAGGUAAGCUUCUUUACCCAACUCUGUGUACCAGUGGUGGCUCCGCUCUCUCUAUACCAUGCGAUAGUUGAGGGCCAUGUUAAUGUACGGACAGGAGAAUUCACCGUUCCUACUUCAGGAGAAAAGAUUCCCAUAACACAAGCCUUUGCCAAGAACUACAUCUCCGCAGAUCCAUCUUACGUGUCAACGAGUGGCAUUACACUCUCUGAAGCUAUUGCUCAAGGUUUUGUAGAGCCAUUCUCUGGCCAGGCUGUUGACAGGAACUCCGGAAACAAGUAUACGUUAGAUGAGGCUCUUGAGAGAGGUUUGUUAGCAUCCCAUGUAAGAGAGGUCGUUAAUUCGGACACAGGCUGUAAAAUGACUCUUGCUGAAGCUAUUGAUGAAGGUGUGAUAGAUGUGACAGCUGGGCGAUAUGUAAAUAACGUUACAGGGCAGAAAAUACAGUUUAAUGAGGCAAUGCAGCAACAGCUGAUCUGUAGACCCUAUACACUGAAAGACUGCAAUGAUCUUAAAAUCUUAGAUGCGAAUGGGCACAUUCAGGAUCCUCAGAUUAAGGAUUAUGUUCCCUUACUGGAAGCAGUAGGGAAGGGCAUUGUAGAUGUUGACCUGAAAUCAGUGAAGGACACUGCUGCAAAGACCCUUCUAACUCUUCCUGAGGCCUUGAUGUUUUCUGUGAUACUACCUGAGGGAAAAUAUCGUGACACCGAGAGUGGAGAAGUUAUGAGUCUGAUUGAUGCUGUGAACAAGGGGCUUAUUACAUCAGUGUGUACCAAAACAAUCUUUGAUAUAGAUGGCAUAAAAGAUCCUGAAACAGGUGACUAUAUUAGCUUCAAGAUGGCUCUGCUCAAAGAUGUUAUCAGUCCAAAAACUGGGUUAUUCAAAGACCCAAGAACAGGUAAGACCAUGACCCUCGAAGAUGCUGUAGCAGCUAAGAUGAUCCAACCACAAAUACUUGAAACACUUAAGAUGAAUAUAGGAAUGGUUGAUGAGGGAGGAAAUGAAAUGAAUGUCGUUGAUGCAGUAUUAUCUGGACGACUUGAUCCUAACAGUGGUGAGAUUCUUCAUCCCACAAGUGGAAAGCCUGUUGCACUAGAGGAUGCAGUGAAUACAGGUUUAGUGACCCCUGAAGGAGCUGCCACACUGAAGGGUCUCUUGAGUGUGACUGUCACUACUGCCACAAUUACCAAGACUAUUAAGAGGUAUGUGACAGUCAAGACCACUGGAGUUCUAACAACAGAAUCUAGAAUUACAUUAAAAGAGGCCCGAAGCAAAGGUCUUGUUGAUGAGGUCCAAGGCACAUACCAUGAUCCAGAAACUGAUAAGACUAUUCCUCUAGACGAGGCUAUUCAACAAGGUCUUGUAACUUUGUCUUCAGAGUGGCCCACUACCCUACCUAGUGAUGAAUCUACUGCAGAUUCCCUUAGUGGUUCAAUAUCGCCAACAAGGGAGGCUACAAAACGUCAUCUAUCUCCUGGAAAGUCACCAAGUCCAGUAAAGGCUGCUAGAACAGACUCUGAAAGAGAGAGUUCUCCUUCAUCACCUGAUAAAAUGGAUAGGGACAAGUCAAUAAGCUCUCGUAGUUCUGAGGGAACUGAAACAUCAUUAGACAAGAGACCAGACACACUUUUCCAAACUUCUUCUUCAAGAGAAGGUUCUCCUACAAAGUCAGGGCCAGAUUCACCUUCAAAGUCUUUCAGUUCGAGACAGGGGUCGCCUUAUUCUGAUUCUAGGGAAUCUCCAACUAAGUCUUUUGGCUCAAGAGCAGAUUCUCCAAUGAAAUCCAGUGGUAUAGGUCCAGAGUCCCCAUUGAAAACUGAUGAAUCUACUCCCACCUCUCCAGAAAAGGGAAGAACAGGUAGGGUAAUUGUGUCCCCAGAGAAAAUGCCACCAGGCACAAAAACUUCAUUUAGGUCCCCAGCUGAUUCUGUUGACAGUGCUAUGGGCAAUGUUGAUGAUUUAGAUAUGACAUCAUCAGGGGCAUCACUUACAGGCACGACAUCUGUACUAAAUGAGAGUUACACUGCUAAGACCAGAACACUUGAAUUACCACCAGAUGGAUGGUACCUUAAGGAAGCUAUUACUGAAAAGCUUUAUGAUCCAGUAAUGGGUCUCUUUACCAUCCCUGGUACAGACAGGUUAGUGAGUUUUGAAGAAUGUGUCAAGAUAGGAAUAAUUGAUCCAAGAUCAGCAGAGGUAGUUGACCCUAAGAAUGGUCGAAUUAUUGCUUUAACCAGAGCUUUAGACAAGAAGAUUCUUGAUGCUACAGGAAAGUAUCCAGACAGUGAGUCUAACUCCAACAGAAGGCUUACUAUGCAAGAAGCUAUUACUAAGAAAUUUGUAAUUCUCAAAGAUCGCACAGAUUCCCAAGAGUUUGCACCUGGGCGUGUUAUUCAGAUCACAAGUGUUGAGGGACAGCCAGACAAAGUUCAGGUGUCAGGUGAUGCAUCAAACAUAUUUACAGAAAUUAAAACUAAUGAAGCAGUCGUUGAUUCAGCUCCUGUCGAAAUUAAACCCGGCAUGAUGUUUGAUCCUACACAGGGCAGUGUUCAGCUGGAUGAUGGGUCUGUUGUUGAUGUGGUGACAGCCGUGAAGGAAGGCAAGAUUCAGCCAACUGGAGUUAAAGUAAAAGAUCCAUAUUCUGGACGAGAUCUCAAUAUCAGUGAGGCCAUGAGGAAGGGGAUCAUUGAUAAGGAGUCUGGUGAAUAUAAGGAUAAGACUGGUCGCAAGCUGUCCCUUACAGAUGCUGCAAAAUAUGGUGUCUUAGGAAUUGCUGCUGUUAUAGGUGCCCCUGUUAUUGCCGGUGUUGCAGCUGCACAGGCUAUCAAGAAGGGUAUUAAGAAGGUGAAAAAGAUUGAUCCUAAAACAGGCACAGAAAUUAUUAUUGAAGAGAGUGUUGAAGUUAUUACAGAUUCUCAGAGUGAAGAGGAAACUUCGGAGACUGUUGUUGGUAAAAGGAAGGAAUCAACAAUCAAGUCCACAACAGUUGUAGAGACAGAUAUUGUUCUUCAAGAUCCUGUAACUGGCCGGGAGAUGACCCCAGAAGAAGCCUUUGCAGAGGGACUAAUUUCUCCAGAAGAAUUAGAGGAAAUUAAGAGUUCUGCUCAAGAAAGAAUUGUUGAGGUACAAGAUGAAAAGGUAUCAGAAGAGGAUAUGAUUACUAUUCCACAUGAAAAAGAAUAUCAAAUUCUAGGCCCUGAGGACACCAGUAAAGACAAAGUAGAAGUAGUUUUGAAGGCAGGAUCACCAGAGAAGACCCCAUCACCCAUGAAAGCAGGGUCACCUGAGAAGGCACCUUUACCUGUGAGAGCAGGAUCACCUGAGAAGACACCUUCACCUGUGGAGGCAGGAUCACCCGUGAAGGCCCCUUCACCUGUGAAGGCAGGAUCACCAGAAAAGGCCCCUUCACCUGUGAGAGCUGGAUCACCUGUGAAGGCAGGAUCACCAGAAAAGGCACCUUCACCUGUGAGAGCAGGAUCACCUGAGAAGGCACCUUCACCUGUGAAGGCAGGAUCACCAGAAAAAGCACCUUCACCUGUGAGAGCAGGAUCACCUGAGAAGGCACCUUCACCUGUGAAGGCAGGAUCACCAGAAAAAGCACCUUCACCUGUGAAGGCAGGAUCACCAGAAAAAGCACCUUCACCUGUGAGAGCAGGAUCACCUGAGAAGGCACCUUCACCUGUGAAGGCAGGAUCACCAGAAAAAGCACCUUCACCUGUGAGAGCAGGAUCACCUGAGAAGGCACCUUCACCUGUGAAGGCAGGAUCACCAGAAAAAGCACCUUCACCUGUGAGAGCAGGAUCACCUGAGAAGGCACCUUCACCUGUGAGAGCAGGAUCACCUGAGAAGGCACCUUCACCUGUGAGAGCAGGAUCACCUGAGAAGGCACCUUCACCUGUGAGAGCAGGAUCACCUGAGAAGGCACCUUCACCUGUGAAGGCAGGAUCACCAGAAAAAGCACCUUCACCUGUGAGAGCAGGAUCACCUGAGAAGGCACCUUCACCUGUGAGAGCAGGAUCACCUGAGAAGGCACCUUCACCUGUGAAGGCAGGAUCACCAGAAAAAGCACCUUCACCUGUGAAGGCAGGAUCACCAGAAAAAGCACCUUCACCUGUGAGAGCAGGAUCACCUGAGAAGGCACCUUCACCUGUGAGAGCAGGAUCACCUGAGAAGGCACCUUCACCUGUGAAGGCAGGAUCACCAGAAAAAGCACCUUCACCUGUGAGAGCAGGAUCACCUGAGAAGGCACCUUCACCUGUGAGAGCAGGAUCACCUGAGAAGGCACCUUCACCUGUGAGAGCAGGAUCACCUGAGAAGGCACCUUCACCUGUGAAGGCAGGAUCACCAGAAAAAGCACCUUCACCUGUGAGAGCAGGAUCACCUGAGAAGGCACCUUCACCUGUGAAGGCAGGAUCACCAGAAAAAGCACCUUCACCUGUGAAGGCACCUUCACCUGUGAAGGCAGGAUCACCAGAAAAAGCACCUUCACCUGUGAGAGCAGGAUCUCCUAAAAAGGUACCUUCACCUGUAAAGGCAGGAACACCUGAGAAGACACCUUCACCUGUGAGAGCAGGAUCACCUGAGAAGGCACCUUCACCUGUGAAGGCAGGAUCACCAGAAAAAGCACCUUCACCUGUGAGAGCAGGAUCACCUGAGAAGGCACCUUCACCUGUGAGAGCAGGAUCACCUGAGAAGGCACCUUCACCUGUGAGAGCAGGAUCACCUGAGAAGGCACCUUCACCUGUGAGAGCAGGAUCACCUGAGAAGGCACCUUCACCUGUGAGAGCAGGAUCACCUGAGAAGGCACCUUCACCUGUGAAGGCAGGAUCACCAGAAAAAGCACCUUCACCUGUGAGAGCAGGAUCACCUGAGAAGGCACCUUCACCUGUGAGAGCAGGAUCACCUGAGAAGGCACCUUCACCUGUGAGAGCAGGAUCACCUGAGAAGGCACCUUCACCUGUGAAGGCAGGAUCACCAGAAAAAGCACCUUCACCUGUGAGAGCAGGAUCACCUGAGAAGGCACCUUCACCUGUGAGAGCAGGAUCACCUGAGAAGGCACCUUCACCUGUGAGAGCAGGAUCACCUGAGAAGGCACCUUCACCUGUGAGAGCAGGAUCACCUGAGAAGGCACCUUCACCUGUGAAGGCAGGAUCACCAGAAAAAGCACCUUCACCUGUGAGAGCAGGAUCACCUGAGAAGGCACCUUCACCUGUGAGAGCAGGAUCACCUGAGAAGGCACCUUCACCUGUGAAGGCAGGAUCACCAGAAAAAGCACCUUCACCUGUGAAGGCAGGAUCACCAGAAAAAGCACCUUCACCUGUGAAGGCAGGAUCACCAGAAAAAGCACCUUCACCUGUGAGAGCAGGAUCACCUGAGAAGGCACCUUCACCUGUGAAGGCAGGAUCACCAGAAAAAGCACCUUCACCUGUGAGAGCAGGAUCACCUGAGAAGGCACCUUCACCUGUGAAGGCAGGAUCACCAGAAAAAGCACCUUCACCUGUGAGAGCAGGAUCACCUGAGAAGGCACCUUCACCUGUGAAGGCAGGAUCACCAGAAAAAGCACCUUCACCUGUGAAGGCAGGAUCACCAGAAAAAGCACCUUCACCUGUGAGAGCAGGAUCACCUGAGAAGGCACCUUCACCUGUGAGAGCAGGAUCACCUGAGAAGGCACCUUCACCUGUGAAGGCAGGAUCACCAGAAAAAGCACCUUCACCUGUGAAGGCAGGAUCACCAGAAAAAGCACCUUCACCUGUGAGAGCAGGAUCACCUGAGAAGGCACCUUCACCUGUGAAGGCAGGAUCACCAGAAAAAGCACCUUCACCUGUGAGAGCAGGAUCACCUGAGAAGGCACCUUCACCUGUGAAGGCAGGAUCACCAGAAAAAGCACCUUCACCUGUGAGAGCAGGAUCACCUGAGAAGGCACCUUCACCUGAUCCUGACUUCACCAUACCAAACACAGGGCAAGAGGUUCCUGUUGAAAAUGCUGUUGAAAGUGGCUUGCUUCAAAUUAAGCCUAUGACAACUGUUUUGUCACCAGAAGAAACUGUUAUCAGCCAAGAAGUAAUAACAGAAACAGUAAGGACUUAUGAAACUAUUACCACCACCACAGUAAAAGUCGAAACUGGAUAUAUACUUAUCAGCCCAACAGAAGUGAAAAAUGAAAAAACUGGUGAGAUACUGUCUAUAGAAGAGGCAAAGAAAAGAGGCAUUGUUGAAGAUCUUGGCACAGAGGAGUAUGAGGAAAAACCAACAUUUAGAGAGGCAGCCGAACAAGGACUCAUUGACUUUGCUAAAGGAACAUUUGAAGAUCCCAACACAGGUAAUGUUGUUCCAAUUGAUAAAGCCAUUCAGAAAGGUCUUGUGGAGCCCAUGGAACCAGCACCUUCUACUGAAGUUACCAGUAAAAUCAAUAUUAUGCAGGCCUUUUCAACAAUCUAUCAUGAGAAGUCUGGGAAGUUUAAAGAUCCCCAGUCAGGUACUCUGUUAACACUUGAAGAAGCAGUUGAUAAAGGAGUAAUUGAUCCAGAAGCAAUGGUCUAUGACACAAAGAGUGGCCAGGCAUUGUCAACUAAAGAGGCUGUGGAUAAAGGUGUAAUUGACGUGGAAGCUGGUGACUUUAUUGAUGCCAAAACAGGAUCAAAGGUUAAAGUUAAAGAUGCUGUGAAGAUGGGUCUCCUUGCAGUUAUUGGUGCACCAGUACUGGCUGGAAUGGCUGUUAAAGAAGUUAUCAAGGUGGCUCAUGAUAAGAUAAAAUCAUCAUCUGCAGAAAAGAAAACUAUUGUGACUGAGAUCACAGAAGAGUAUGAACCAGUUAAGACAGCAGAGGACAUGCUUAAAAGACCAUCCAUGCAAUCCGAGGAGGAAGUUUCUCUACCAGUGGUUGAAGUUGGUCAGAAAAUGACCUUAAGAAAUGCAAUGGAGGGACGUUACAUUGAUGUAGAUUUGUGUGUAGUUGUAUCCCCCUCCACAGGAAAGAGACAACCUUUAAGGCGUGCCAUCAUUGAAGAGUUUGUUACCCUUGUGACUGUUAUUGAAAUCCGCAGUCGGACUGAGAUCUGGAUUGUUGAGGAAAUCACAAUCAUAACAGAAGUUGUCAGGACUUUGGAUCCUAAGGUGAUGGCUCAGAAAGGUCAGUAUGAUCCUAAUAGUGGCAACUUUGUUGAUCCAGACACUGGUAAAGAGAUCUCGUUCCAGCAGGCAAUUGAGAAUUCUGCCUUCAACUCAGAACUUACAGUAGUAAAAGAUCCCACAACUGGAAAGGAGAUACCUCUUCAGGAAGCUAUUGAUAAGGGAAUUGUAAGUCCAACAACAGGAGAAGUGGUAGAUCCUCAGACAGGGGAGUCCCUCACAUUCUUUGAAGCUGCCCAGAAGGGUCUCAUUAAACCUGAUGAGAAAAAGGAAGUGACAGAAGAAAAAUCCAUAGCUGUUGCUUCUCUGGAUGAUGCCAUUGGAAAGGGUCUUCUGAACCUAGACACAGGAAUGUUUACUAAUCCUGGAACUGGAGAAUCCAUGACAGUUAGUGAAGCUUUGAAGAGUGGCCUUCUAGAUCCUGCUACCGUCCAUAUAUAUGAUCCAAGGAAUGAAGAUGUAGCCUCCUUGAAGGAAGCAGUUGAAAUGGGCCUGAUUGACCUAGAUUCAGCUAAAUACACAGAUCCAGAGACAGGUUGUGAGAUGGAUUUAACGACAGCCUUGUCUAAAGGAAUUUUGGUUCCCAAGAGAAAGGCAAUGUCCUUGGUGGCUGUGGUAAACAAAGGUCUUUAUGAUAAGAAGUCUGGCAAAAUUAAUGAUAACAUAACCAAACAAAAGCUUGAUGUGGAUGAGGCUGUAAAGAGAGGUAUAGUGAAUGCCUUUAUCACCCUCUGCAAGGACACCAAAGCAGACAAAUACAUUACACUUGAUGAUGCUCUGCUUCUUGAUCUAGUAGUAGCUCAAAAUGGGAAGUUCAAAAAUACCAAGAGCAACUUGUUUAUACCUUUGGAUGAAGCAGUGAAACAAAAAUUAAUUGUGACUCACCGUACAUCUGUUCCUCUUACUGAUGCUGUUCUUGGUGAAAUGUAUGAUCCUACAGAAGGUACAUUCUAUGAUGCUUGUGAAGGUGAUGAGUUGACAUUGAAUGACUCCAUGACUUGCAGAUUAGUAGACACAAGUGUCUGUAGAGUUAAGAUCGAUGAGGAAACUUAUACCAUAAAAGAUGCACUUGACAAGUCUAUAUUGGAUGGUGAUUCUGGCAGGUUACUUCAGCCAGAAGAGAUGAGCCUUGAUAUAGCAGUGAAAAAGGGUUACUUGAUAACUAUUGUGGGUACAUUCUCAUUGCUCCAAAUUAUUGAGGAUGGUCUUUAUGACCCAGAAACAGGUCUGAUCACUGUAGAUGGAGAUCGAAUUACCAUUAAGGAUGCCAUUGAAAGAGAUGUUGUUGAUGCUUCAUGUUUAACUAUAAAGGACCCUCGAACUGGAGAGACCAUAAGCUUGGAAGAAGCAAUUAAAUCAGGCUUGAUUGAUCCUGUUACUGGUACUUUUAGGGACCCUGUAACUGGUGCCGAUGUAGAACUAACAGAAGCAUUAUCAAAGGGUGUAGUGGUAGAAGGUAAAACUACCUUUACUCUGUAUCAGGCUGUGACCAAAGGCCUGUACAAUCCAAGCACUGGUCGUGUUACAAGCCCUGUAUCUCAAGAUCAACUGACUGUUCACAAGGCCAUUCGCAGUGGCAUUAUUGACACCAGCACAACCCUAGCUCGUGAUCCCAACACAGAGAAAUUAAUGAGUUUCAAACAGGCCACUUCAAAUGAGCUUGUUGAUACAAGAACUGGCAUGAUAAACUUUGGCAGAAUUAAAAAGAUGAAUUUCAAGGAUGCAUUUGAGCAGGAUUAUCUCAUGGAGGCUCAGAUGCCAAUGGCUCUCAGAGUAGUGAUCAUGAAAGAACUCUAUGAUGAGGAGAGUGGCAGGUUCUUGAGUCCAUCUACUGGGGAGUGGAUAACUCUGUCUGAAGCUCUAGAAGUACAGAUGAUUGAUCCGGACUCGACACAUGUGAAAGACACGCUUUCUGGCCGCCUUAAGAAGGUUAACAUUAGAGAAGCUAUUGAAUGUGAUCUCAUUGAUGGUGAGACUGCUCUGGUCAAGAACCAUCAGACAGGCACCCAACACACUAUAUUAGAGGCUUAUGAACUAGCUCUGAUCGUUGACAGUCGUGUUGCCAUGUCACUUCAACGUGCCUUGCAUCAAGGGUUAUUAGAUGAUGAACAGGGACUCCUAACGGAUGUCAACACAGGUAAGAAAAUAACCUUACAUGAGGCUAUGAGACGCCUUGUGAUCAACCCAAGCCUUCCGUGUUACUGGGACAGUAAUUCUUCAACAUGUCUUUCACUAGUGCAAACCUGUAGGGAGGGUAUUAUUGACCGCCGGCUUGGCAAAUUCAAUGACCCAAAAUCUGGAUGUACUCUUACCUUAAUGGAUGCUCUUGACCAUGGAAUGAUCCUGGAUAUUGAUAAACCGCAGAGUCUGUAUGAUGCUGUCACCAUGGGAUUCUGUGAUCCUAAAUCAGGUAGAAUGAUACAACCUAACACAGGAAGGAAAUUGACUUUAGCUGAUGCCUGUAAGCAAAACAUAAUAGAGCCAUCUGUGUCAAUUAUUAGAGAUGCUAGCAAGCCUCGUUUCAUGAAGUUGAAUAUUGCAGUAGGAGAAGGUCUUAUUGAUGAUAUUAAAGGGAGAUAUGUUAUGCCUGAGUCAAGAGAAGAGCUCACACUUGAGGAGGCUGUAGAAAAGAAGCUCAUAGUUACAUCUAAACGACCUCUUACUGUGGAAGAAGCUUUGAGCUAUUGCCUGUACACACCAGAAACAGGCCGUUUGGUAGAGCCAUGCGUAGGAGACAAACUGGACCUGGCUGAGGCCAUUGAUCAUUCUCUCAUUGAUGGAAACACAACAGCCCUGAAGAAUCCCGCAGACAGUACAAUUAAAAGUAUACGUGCUGCUGUUGAAGACCAAGAUAUCGAUGUCUCUAAAGGCAUGGUCACAGAUCCUCAAACAAAGAAAUCUUACCCUCUCAAUGUAGCCUUCGACAGAGGCCUUAUUGUAACUGUAGGCAAGCCCAAAAGUUUCAUGCAGGCUGUUCGUGAGGGAUCCAUAGAUUUUGAAAAAGGUACAUACACAGAUCCAGAAACAGGUAUUGAGUAUACUCUGGAGGAAGCACUUCGAUUUGAACUAGUGGAUCCAGAUUCUGCAGUGAUCAAGGAUCCAAGAACAGGUAGAUACAAAACUCUGAAGAGAGCCAUCCAAGAAGGGCUUGUUGACCUGAAAAAGCGUGCUAUGUUUGACCCACAAACUGGUACUCUAAAGACCUUGUGCAUAAUCUUCGACCAAGGAACUAUAGUGUUCCUUAGAGAGCCCUUAUCAUUUGAUGAAGCUAUCGACAAAGGCCACCUGAACACAGAGACAGGAAUGUUUAUUGAUCCCAACUCAAAGGAAGUUCUAAAUCUUCGAGAAACCUGCCGACUUGGCCUGAUUGACCCCAAGACUGUCCUUGUAAAGAAUACUCGAAGCAGGCAACUUCUUCAGCUGCCUGAAGCUUGUGAAGUAGGUGCUGUUGAUGCUGAUAAGGGCAUGGUUUAUAAUACAGCUACUAGUCACCUACUAACUAUCGCUGCUGCAAUGGACUCUGGACUCAUCAUCACACCACGCCGUGGAUUAGCUCUCUUGGAGGCACUAGAUUAUGGUCUCUUUGAUGAGAAGACUGGGCACUUGCUCAACCCUCAUGAGAAAAAGCAUAUAUCCCUGCGAGAAGCAAUAUCUUGUGGGUUGAUCGACAGCACAACAACCAUGGUAAAGUGUCCCGCUAGCGGCAGCAUCCAAGGCAUUGCUGAGGCUACACGUACUGGUUUGCUGGACGAUCAGGGUGGUGCUGUGAUAGACCCUGCCUCAGGCACUCACUACCCACUACCUGAGGCUCGUCGCCAGGGCUACCUGCUCACCGCACAAGCGCGGCAAGCAAUGAUCGAGAAGUACAAGCAGUGUGAUGCUACAAUAGUAGACAUGAUGGACCAAGUGAGUGAGAUUGAACGGCGUUUGGCAGAACAAGAGCCAGUCAGCGAGAAUGCCAAUGGCCUUCGUAACCAGAUCAACACUGUUAAGGCAAUCAAAGAUGAGUUGGAUGAGAUGUUCCGUCCUCUUGGAACCUGCCUGGAUGGAGUACGCCAGGUGGUGAACCAGGGUGGCGAUGCUCUAUCCCGUGAGGAGCUGGAGUCUCUGGACAUGGCUGCCACCAGGCUGAAGCAGCGCUAUGACAAGUGCGUUGACCAGGCCGAUACCACCCACCGCCGUCUGACCACUGCUAUGGAGGAGUUCUCCAAGUAUGAAAAGGAGAUUGCUCUCUUCCAGACAUGGUUGAGGCAGGCAACCAAGACUUUGAUUGAGAAAGAGCGCCUUUGCUCAGACCUCAAUAAAAUCAAGAACCAUGAGCAGGGAUGCCGAGACUUCCUGGGUGAUGUUAUUGCUCACCAGGCUGACCUCCGCUUCAUCACCAUGGCCACCCAGAAGUUCUUGGAUGAGUCCAGUGUGUACCUCCGCACAGUCAACAACUUCCGCACUUCACUGCCUGAGAGAUACCCAGUUAUGCAAGCUGAUCCCGACUCGGUGGUCCGCGAUGCCGCCGAUGACGUCACGGCUGAGUUUAAGGAUCUGCUAGCCAGAGCCAACAAACUAGUUGAUAAGGUUACAAGUGUCGGCAACAAACAGCGUGAUUACACUGAAUCCAUUGAGAAGGCCAUUCGCUGGCUGAAGGACACCGAUGUCAAGAUUACCAGAAUCCUUCAGGAACCUGUUGGAGCAGAGCCCAAGAGCGUCCAGGAUCAGCUGGACAAGACGAAGGCCAUCAACAACGACGUGGUGGCGCAGUCCCGCCUCUUCGACAAUUGUCGUGGCACGGCGGCGGCGCUGCUGCGUGCGCUGGAAGGGGAACUCGAUGCCAACGAGAAGGACGCUAUCGAGCGCCCUCCUGAAGAGCUCUACGAGAGGUACAAUGAGCUGGCUGACCGCCUGGCACACCGCUGCCAGGAGCUGGACACCGCCCUGGUGCAGUGCCAGGGUGUGCAGGAGGGCCUGGACUCGCUCAUGGCCUGGCUCUCCAGCAUCGACUUGCAGCUAAACGCGCUCUUACCUUCCAAAGAGCUCACUUCAAGAGACACGUGGCGGCCGCGACGUCGGCGGAGAACAGGUACGCGUGCUGGGAGAGGAAGUGACGGCGCGACGUCGUCCUCCACGUGGGCGCCGGCGGCGGCACCCGCAGAUGUCCGCCUCGCCGGCUAUGCUGCAUCGACGUCUUACGUGACGGGGAACCUUGCAUUGGGCGAGGUAAUGGUCAGGGGCAAGAAACAAUACAAGGAGCAGGCACUACUAAUCCUCCCGGAUCAGCUUCAGAAAUCUUACUCAUUCGACCAGAACGAAAAAAUGGGAAAUUUGAUGCUCUGUAGGAAUACGAAGGUGUGUGGGAGGUGGCCGCUUAGUACCGAGUGGAGAAAAGUGGCGGCAUCUCGCAGCCAUGGCACGAUCCACUCUGGUCUCUCCAUCACCAGCCACUCAGUGUCGCGCGAACCUGCGGUGCGAGUGGACUGCGCUGGGCUUAUCUCACAGACGCCCGCCGCCGACACACACAAACCAUGCGCUUAUUUUAUACGUGAUUUUGAAAAUUUCUUUGAAGUGUUAUGUCUGAACGCCAGCAAGCCUGCAUCUCUGAACCGCGAUCGCCUGGACGAACAGGUGCGAGAACACCGCCAGCUCCACGCAGACAUCAUGUCGCACCAGGCGUCGGUGGUACAGAUCAACGACUCCGCGGAGGCGCUGCUCUCCUCCGCCUCCAACGCCCGCGUGGCCAAGAAGAUCGAGACCAAGCUGAGGGAACUCAACACCAAAUUCGAGAAGGUGGUUGAGCGGUCCGAGGCCCGAGGUCACCACCUGGAGGUCGUAUCCACACAGCUCGAGGCCUUUACGGUGUCCGUGGAGCACUUCGAGGAAUGGUACAUCGAGAUCGUGGAGGUCGUGGAGUCGAGGGAGGUGCUCUCUCUCGAUGUCGAAAGCUAUGCUCGCAAGAUUGAUGAGAUUGCACGCCAGCGUGAUGCAAGAGCAGGUGACUUUGAUGGCAUGAUCAAGACAGGAAAGGAACUUGUGUCGAAGAAGGAUGUCACAGACACAGCACCUGUAAAGGACAAGAUCAAGAACCUCGAGGGCCAGUGGAAGGAGCUAAAUGACACCUUGGACGAGAGAGCUCGCAAUGGCAAAGAGAGGUCAGAGCAGCUCCUCGCAUACGAACAGUUGCGAGACCGUUGCACUCAGUGGCUCACCACCACAGAGAACAUCCUUGAUAAUGCCCAGGCUGUUGGCCUUGAGACUGAGAUUGUUAAGAGACAAAAUGAAGAACUCAAGCCACUUCACAAGGAAUUCCGUGAAUAUGCUAGCACCAUUGACAAACUCAAUGAACUUGGCAAUGCAUAUGAUGCCCUGCUGCGAGGUGAGAGGCCAGAGAGUCCGACUAGACGUCGAUCAUCUGUCACACCAGCCAAGCGUCCCUCGAUCACGUCGCCUCUGAAAUCCCCAGUGAGGCGAGUGUCACAGGACGCACGUAGUCCCUCACCCACGCAGAAGUUCAUGGGCUUCAACGGGUCUGGCCCCAUGUCACCCAUCCCUGGUGGUUAUGCUAGCAGGCGCACAUCACAGGAAGGAUUCCACCUCGAUGAUAUGAGUCCUAUCCAGAAGGAGUUGAUGCAAGUGAACAACCGUUAUGAAAUGAUUGGAAUGAGAUUAAGUGACCGUCAGAAUGACCUUGAUGUAAUGAAGGAGGAGCUGAAGAAAUUGAGUGAUAGCAUUCGCUCUCUCAACACCGUCUUGGAUAAGGCAGAGCGCAGCAUGCCAAGAGAUGCUGUGCCCACCACAAAAGAGGAAGCAGAUAAGCAUAAUAGGCAGUGCAAGAACAUCCAAGAUGAUCUGCUGGAGAAACAGCCUGCCCUUGACUCACUGAAGAGCCAGGUCAUUGAGUUGAUCAAGAAGAGGCCGACUGCUCCUGGUGCUGACAUUUUGCAAGAUCAGUUUGACCUUGUAAAUGAUCGUUACAAGGAGCUCCAGGGUCGCCUCAAGGAUCGUCUCAGCUUCCUAGAACAUACCAAAGAUUUCCUCGAUAGCCAUGACGCUCUCAACAACUGGCUUAAUUCAAAGGACAAGAUGAUGACUGUCUUGGGCCCCAUUGCUUCCGAUCCUCGCAUGGUCCAGAUGCAGGCUCAGCAGGUGCAGGUGCUCAGGGAUGAAUUCCAGGCACAGGAGCCAAAGCUUAAUGAUCUGAAUGAUGCUGGAGACAAGAUCAUCAGUGUCUGUGAGCCCAACUCACUGGCUGGAAAGAAGAUCAAUGACAAAUUGGAUGCCAUCAACAACAAGUGGACUGAGCUCAUUGGCCAGCUGGAUGCUCGAGACUCUGCUCUUAAUGCUGCCUCUGAUGCUAGCACAGAUUUCUACAAUAAUUACAACAAGCUUCAUGAUACCUUGCUCAAGUUGGGUGAAGACUUUGAUGAAGUUUCAGCCAGCGGUGCUGAUUCAGCUCAGCAAAUUCAGGCUGUGCAAGAGCUAGAGAAAGGUUUGGAGGGAGUACGUGCUCCUCUCAUUGAUCUGGAGGGCUUGGGUGAACACCUGGUCUCCAUUCUCUCUGAUCCAUCAUCCAAGUCUGAUAUCAAGUCUAAGGUCACCCAGCUCAACAAAAUUUUCAAUAACCUGGAGAAGAAACUUGGUAACAGAAAGUCAGAAUUGGAAGCCUCCCUCAGAGAUGAAGAAAUGUUUGGCCAGUCAUGCCAAGACAUCCAGGAAUGGUUAGCUGACCAAGUGGCUCAUCUCAAGGACAAACUUCUGGUUUCUGCAGACCGAGAUAUCCUCUCUCACCAGGUGAGUGACUUCGAGCCAGUCUACAAGGAUCUGAUGGCUAAGGAGCAUGAAGUCAUUAUGAUGAUUAAUAAGGGCAAGGAAAUUGUUGCCAAGUCAUCAAGAAAGGAUCUGAACAGACAGUUGUCCUCAACUCUGGAUGCAAUCAAAAAUGAGUGGGAUAAUGUACGCAAAACUGCUGUGGAGCGUCGAUCCAGACUUCAGAAGUGUAUGGAUACUUGCAAUAAGUUCCAUAACAUGCAAGAGAAAUUCAACCCAUGGCUAGACAAGGCUGAAGAUAAGGCAAGGAACUUGGAUCCAAUUGCAUUCACAAAGAAGGCCAUUGAUAAGCAGAUCAAGGAGAUCCAAGCUUUCAAGAAUGAUGUUUCUCGUCACAGUGGAGAAUUUGAGAACAACAAGACAGCAGGAGAUAAGCUUGUUGGGUGCACUGACACAGAUCAUGAUGGAGUUCAUGAUGCUCUUGGCAUUAUGAAGGAGCGCUGGGACAACCUUAAUGCCAUUGUCAUGGCAAGAGCACAAGACCUUGAUGAUGUUUCAGCAACAUUGGCAGACUUCAAUGAAAAGGCAAGAGACCUGGACCACACACUCCAACGUUGUGGCGACAAACUUGCCUCUCUUGAUACUUUGGGUGGAGGUGGCAAAGAUGCCAAAUCACUGGAGAGAAUGAAGGCAUUGCUUGAUGAAACCAAUGCUCUUGGCAAGCAGGUUGACCAUGUAAGACACAAGGGUGAAGAUCUGUGCACUGCUGCUGAUUCUGCAGGAUCAGAUGCUACCCAUAUUCAGGAUGAAGUUGAAAGACUGUCAGACCGUUAUGGUGAUCUAAAGGGUAAGCUUGAGGAACGCUGCCAUGAUUUGGAGGAAGCUUCCCAGGCUGUCAACCAGUUUGGAGCUCUUGUGAAGAAUGUUGGUCAAGAACUUACAGGAUUAGAUGAUGAAAUUGACCGCAUGGCCCCUGUUGGUAGAGACAUCAAGACUGUAACAGGGCAGAUUGAUCAGCUACAGAGCUUCUUGACUAAGGUUGACCAGAAGGCUGAUGAAAUUGAAGAUGCAAAGGCAGCCUUGGAGGAUCUUGUUGCUCAAGGGUUCACUGGCAGUAACAACCGCACUGCCGAGGACCAGAUUAAGCAGCUUGGUCGCCAGCUGAAGAAAAUCCAAGAUCGCUGUGAUGUCCGUGGCAAGGACCUUGACACUGUUUUGAACAAGUUAGAAAACUUCUACCAGAAAUACAAUGUGGUAAUGGAGGAGAUCAACGAGACAGACAAGGAAGGUGAAGCAUUUAAACCAGUUGGUGCCGAUGUUGACACAAUCAUUGCUCAACAGGAGGAAUUCAAGAGAUUUAAGGGCAAACGCAUUGAAGCUUUAGGAAAGCAAGUAACUGAAUGCAAUAAGCUUGGUCAGGGGCUCAUUCAGAGUGCUGCAUCAGGUGUUAAUACCCACGAUCUUGAGGAUGAUAUUGAUGCCAUGAAUGAUGUCUGGAAUAAACUGAAGGAGAUGAUCGGCAACCGAGAGAAGGCUCUGGAUAAGGGCUUGAUGCAAUCUGGCAAGUUCCAGGAUGCAUUGGACAGUAUGUUGCAAUGGCUUGGCAACUUUGAAGAGAUGAUGGAAAAUCAAGCACCUAUCUCAGGUGAAUACUCUGUGGUGAAGGCUCAAGCUCAGGAGCAAAAGUUCUUGAGAAAGAUGCUUCUUGAUAGACAGAAUGAGAUGCAGGCACUCUUGUCCAUGGGACGUAGCUUGGCUGCAGAUCUAGAACCUUCAGAGAAGGCUAACGUAGAAGGACAGUUGGAUGAUUUGCUCAACAGAUUUGAUGAUGCCAGUGCCCGAUCACAGGAGCGCAUGGAGGCUCUUGAAGAAACACUGAAGGUUGCCAAGGAGUUCCAAAACAAACUGAACCCUAUCAUAGAAUGGCUUGACCGCACUGAAAAGAAACUCAAGGAAAUGAGCACCGUACCAUCAGAUGAAGAAAAGAUCCAGAAACUUCUUGAUGAGCAUGAUAACCUUCAUGAUGAAAUCCUUGGCCAGAAGCCUGCAUUUGAUGAUCUUACUGAUGUAGCUACAGCUCUCAUGAACCUUAUUGGAGAUGAUGAAGCCAAUGCAUUGGCUGACAGAUUGCAGUCGACCACAGACCGCUAUGGCCAGCUUGUAGAAGACUCAGAAGCACUUGGCCGUCUUCUGCAAGAAUCUAAGGUGGGUCUACGCCAUCUUGUUCUGACUUAUGAGGACCUACUCUCAUGGAUGGAUGAGAUGGAAGCAAGGCUCUCCAAGUAUCGUAUCCUUUCUGUGUUUGUUGAGAAGCUCUUGGAGCAAAUGGAUGAACUUACAGAUCUGGGAGAAGAAGUUGUAUCUCAUGAAAAACAGGUUUCUGAGGUAAUGGAAGCUGGUUCCCAGCUCAUGAAGCACAUUUCCAGUGAUGAAGCUCUUCAGCUGAAGGAUAAAUUAGACUCUAUCCAAAGACGCUACAAUGACCUUAGUGCUAAGGCAACUGACCUUCACAAGUCUGCCAAUGAAGCCUUGCCUUUGGUUCAACAGUUCCAUAGUGCUCAUGAUCGCCUGGGCUCAUGGAUGCUGUCUGUUGAGGGACAGCUCCAGAGCAUGGACUCCUCAGGCCAAGGACUGUUGGAAGAAGAGAUUGAGAGGUUGGCUCAAGAGAUCCAAGAACAUCGCCCAUUGGUAGAAGCUGUCAACUUGGUUGGACCUCAACUGUGUCAGAUCUCUCCAGGUGAGGGUGCCUCAAACAUUGAAACACUCGUCACAAGAGAUAACAGGAGGUUUGAACAGAUCUGCGAACAGAUCCAGAGAAGGAUGGAGAGAAUUCAUAUGUCCAAGCAGAGAUCACAGGAGGUCACACAUGACAUUGAUGAGUUGCUUGACUGGUUCCGUGAGGUGGAAGGUCAGGUCAGGGAAGCAGAACCUCCAAGUGUGGAUCCUGAUGAGAUUCGAAUCCAACUGAAGGAGCACAAGGCUUUGAAUGACGAUGUUGCCAGUCAGAAGGGCAGAGUGCGUGACGUCCUGUCCAAUGCUAAGAAGGUCUUGAGGGAAGCACCACAACAUGAAGACACAAGUGAACUGAGAGAAAAGAUGGAUGACCUCAAGGAGACCAUGGAAUCUGUCUCUAAGCUUUCAUCAGAUAGGCUUUCAACUUUGGAGCAAGCUCUACCUCUGGCAGAGCACUUCUUUGAGACUCAUCAUGAGUUGGACGACUGGCUCUCAGGCAUGGAGAAUGAAGCAAUGGUGAUGGAUACCCCAGCACUGCGUGCUGAACAGAUUAUCCGUCAAAUGGAGAGAAACAAGAACUUCUUGCAGUCCAUUGCUGACCACAAGCCAUUGCUUGACAAACUGAACAAGACUGGUGGUGCCCUUCUUAAGCUUGUCAAUGAAGAAGAUGGCAACAAGAUUCAAGAUCUCCUUGAAAGUGAUAAUGACCGUUACAAUGCCCUGAAGAAUGCACUUCGUGAACGUGGACAAGCUCUUGAGGAUGCUCUUCAAGAAACCAGCCAGUUCUCAGACAAGUUGGAUGGCAUGUUGUCUGCUUUGGCUGAAACUGCAGAUCAGGUGAAGAAUGCUGAGCCCAUCUCUGCCCAUCCUGAGAAGAUCCAUGAACAAGUGCAGGAGAACAACAGUAUCAUUGAUGACCUUGACAGGAAGGAGACAGCAUUUACUGCUGUUAAAGCAGCUGCAGAGGAUGUCAUCAACAAGGCUUCACGCAAUGACCCUGCUGUCAAGGAUAUCAAGAACAAGUUGGAUCGCCUGAACAAGCUGUGGGACCAUGUGCAAAUGGCAACUACCCAGCGUGGCCAAUCUCUGGAAGAUGCACUUGCAAUGGCUGAGAAAUUCUGGGAAGAACUACAAGGUGUCAUGGCUGCCCUUAAGGACCUGCAAGACACACUGAAGGCCCAAGAACCAGUUGCUGUAGAGCCUCAGGCAAUCAAACAACAGAGAGAUGAACUCUCACAGAUCAAGAACAAGAUAGACCAAACAAAGCCAGAGGUGGAACAAGUUCGCCAGACUGGACGAGAUUUGAUGAACCUCUGUGGAGAGGCAGACAAGCCUGAAGUCAAGAAGAACAUUGAAGAUCUGGAUUAUGCUUGGGAUAAUGUCACAGCCUUGUAUGCCAGGCGAGAGGAGAACCUGAUUGAUGCCAUGGAGAAGGCUAUGGAAUUCCAUGACACACUGAGGAACAUGCUUGAGUUCUUGGAGAAGGCAGAAGACAAAUUCUCAGGAAUGGGUGCUAUUGCUGGAGACAUUGAAGCCAUCAAGGGCCAGAUUAACCAACUGCAGAAGUUCAAGGAUGAAGUUGACCCACACAUGGUCAAGGUUGAGGCCCUGAACAGACAAGCUCAAGAACUCAAGGAACGCACCACUCCUGACCAGGCUGCCGCCAUUAUGGAGCCUUUGGGAGAAGUCAACCGACGAUGGGACGAACUCCUCAAGGGUAUUGUAGAGCGACAGCGUGACCUGGAAUAUGCCUUGCUCAAGCUCGGCCAAUUCCAGCAUGCCCUCAAGGAACUGCUUGUUUGGAUAGAGAGAACAACCAAGAAUCUGGAUGACUUGAAACCUGUGUUUGGAGAUCCACAGGUCAUCGAAGUAGAGCUUGCCAAGCUGAAGGUGACCAUUAAUGACAUCCAAGCUCAUCAAUCAAGUGUAGACACACUUAAUGAUGCAGGACGGCAGCUGAUUGAAGCUGAUAAGGGCUCUGAAGAUGCUUCCAACACCCAGAAGAAAUUGACUGAGCUAAACAAGAAAUGGAGUGAACUGCAGGACAAGGCUAGCAGCAAACAGAAUGACUUGGAAAAUGCAUUGAGGGAAGCUCAGAUCUUCAGUGCAGAAAUCCAGGAUCUCUUGCUCUGGCUUGGAGACAUUGAUGCUGCAUUGUCAACUUCUAAGCCUGUUGGUGGUUUGCCAGAAACUGCAAAGGAGCAAUUGCUUCGCUUCAUGGAGAUUUACGAUGACCUAGAGGAGAACCGUUCCAAGGUUGAGAGCACACUUCAGCAAGGCCAGGAGUACUUGAAACGUUCUCGUGAAGGAUCUGCAUCCAAUCUGAACCAUAGUUUAAGAACUCUCAAGCAACGUUGGGAAAGUGUCAUGAACCGUGCUAAUGACAAAAAGAUCAAACUAGAAAUUGCUCUCAAGGAGGCCACUGAAUUCCACGAUGCCUUGCAACAGUUUGUUGAUUGGCUAACGGAGGCUGAGAACUUCUUGAAUGGCCAGCAGCCAGUUUCUCGUGUUCUGGAUAUUAUCCUCCAACAAAUUGAAGAACACAAUAGUUUCAAGAAGGAUGUUACUGCUCAUCGUGAGGUAAUGCUCAAUCUGGAUAAGAAGGGAACUCAUCUGAAGUACUUCAGCCAAAAGCAGGAUGUUAUUUUGAUUAAGAACUUGCUUGUGUCCGUUCAGCACCGCUGGGAAAAAGUAGUGUCAAAGGCAGCUGAAAGAACUCGUUCACUUGACCUUGGAUUCAAGGAAGCCAAGGACUUCCAUGAUAACUGGAAUGAACUCAUAUCCUGGCUCACCGAUGCUGAGAAUACUUUGGAUGACCUUGCAUCCAAUGUGGGCAACGACCCAGAGAAGAUCAAGGCUCAAAUUGCUAAGCAUAAGGAGUUCCAGAAGGCCCUUGGUGCUAAGCAGCCAUCUUAUGAUGGUACAAUGAAGCAGGGUCGAAGUCUGCAGAACAAGGCACCAAAGACUGAUGAAGAGACACUGAAGCAGAUGAUGGCAGAUUUGAAGAACAAAUGGAAUAGUGUGUGCCAGAAGAGUGUAGAUCGGCAGAGGAAACUCGAGGAAGCUCUAUUGUUUACUGGCCAGUUCAAGGAUGCCAUCCAAGCUUUGCUGGACUGGCUCAAGAAGGUGGAAGUUGGGCUUGUGGAGGAUGGACCAGUUCAUGGAGAUCUGGACACUGUUAUGGCUCUUGUGGAACAACACAAAGCUUUCUGUGCUGAAAUGAAGAACAGGUCAGCUCAGGUUGAAAGUGUACGUCGCACUGCUGAUGAUCUCCUUGUCAAGGCUAGUGCUGAAGAUGCUGCUACCAUUAAAACACAGAUCAUUGAGUUGGUAAGCUCAUGGGAGAAGGUAGAGAAAGCCACUGAAGUUCGCACACUGCGUUUAGAAGAGGCUUUGCAGGCUGCAGAAAGAUUACACAAGGUUGUGCAUAUGCUCCUUGAUUGGCUGUCUGAUGCUGAAAUGAAACUUCGGUAUGCUGGCCCCUUGCCAGAUGAUGAAGAAGAAACAAGGCGACAGAUUGCUGAACACGAAUCCUUCAUGGCAGAACUGGCACAAAAGGAGAAGGAGAAGGAUGACACCAUUGCACUGGCAGAAGAUAUCCUUGCCAAGGCCCAUCCUGAUGGUGUAGCUACAAUCAAGCACUGGAUUACAAUUAUUCAGUCAAGAUGGGAAGAAGUCAUGGCCUGGGCUAGGCAGAGGGAGACCAGAUUGUCUGAUCAUCUCCGUAGCCUUAGUGAUCUUGCUGGACUUCUUGAUGAAUUGAUGCGUUGGUUGAUCCAGGCUGAGAACAACCUGACAACCUUGGAAGCUGAACCACUGCCUGAUGACAUCCCAGCCAUUGAAGGCCUGAUCACUGACCACAAGGAAUUCAUGGAUGAGAUGCAGAAGAAGGAGCCUGAUGUUCUAAGUAUUUGCAAGCCAACCAAACCGAGACCUUCACUCUCCAACCAGGGCAAGAAGCGCUCUAGAGCAUCCCUUGGUCGUGAGAGUGUGAGCCCAGGAAGGGAAUCCUCGCCAGAAUAUGAUUAUCCAUCCCGUCGUUCUAGCCGUAUCAGCCCCGAUCGCGAAUCUUCACCAGGACCCAAAUCGCGAAAGUCCAGCCGCGCAUCACCUGCUCGUGAGAUCACACCCACUCGGGAAUACCCUCGGCCCUGGAUGUUUGGAGCAAGAACAACACCACCCCGAGAGUUAUCACCCGGAGCUGACCGAGAAAGAGAAUGGCCUCUUUCACACUUGCGCUUUGCCACGUCCACACCAACGCCUGCUGGUGCUACUACUGGUACUGCAGGAGGAAGGAAGAGCAGCAAAGCCAGUGUGAGAGAUGAACCUCAGAUCAAGAAUCCUCAUGCUAGAGCAUUGUGGGAGAAGUGGCAGCAUGUUGGCUUCAUGGCAUGGGAACGCAUGCGACGUCUCUAUGACAAACUCAACUAUCUUCAGGAGCUUGAGAAACUUAAGAACUUCUCCUGGGAAGAAUGGAGGAAGAGGUUCAUGAAGUUCAUGAACCACAAGAAAUCUCGUGUGACUGAUCUGUUCCGCAAGAUGGACUCUGAUAAUGAUGGAGCUGUGCCAAGAGAAGACUUCAUUGAUGGAAUCCUUAAGACCAAGUUCCCUACAAGCCGUUUGGAGAUGGGAACUGUUGCCGAUAUAUUUGACCGCAACCAGGAUGGCUACAUUGACUACCAAGAGUUCAUUGCGGCAUUACGACCUGACUGGGAGCGCAAGGGACCUUUGACUGAUGCAGAAAGGAUUGAUGAUGAAGUGCAGAAACAGGUUUCCAAAUGCACCUGCCGACAGAAGUUCCGUGUGCACCAAGUUGGAGAAGGCAAAUAUAGGUUUGGAGACAGUCAGAAGCUACGUCUGGUCCGUAUCCUGCGGUCAACCGUCAUGGUUCGUGUGGGCGGUGGAUGGGUGGCACUUGAUGAAUUCCUUGUGAAGAAUGACCCAUGCAGAGCCAAGGGUCGCACCAACGUGGAGUUACGCGAGCAGUUCAUCCUAGCGGAGGGCGUAUCCCAGAGCAUGACACCGUUCAAGUCCAAGCCUAGCCCCAACAGUUCUGUGUCAAGCCAGUCAGGCACUCCUGCCCAGCAGCGAUCCCAGUCCCUGCCUAACGCUGGGCCCAUUAUCAAGCAUAUGCUAGAGUUCUGUGUUGCUUUAAAUGAAGCUCAUUUCGUUAUGGCUGAGUUGAUGCCCCUGUUUGAGCAAAUUCGGCAAAGUGAAAGCGAGGGUUCCCAAAGUGGUACUCUGUGCACAAUACGCGUGGGGCACACUGUGGGUGCAGUAUUCCACAGAUCAGACUCGUCCACAAGCUCAUCCAUGGUCCGAGAAAGAACAGCCAAGAGCUCAGCCAUGGGCCGUGCUUCCUUCAGUGCUGGAACUCCAGAUUCCUCCUUUAGUGAAGAAGGAGGCACUUCCUCGUUCCAUCUCCAUGGUGGUAAGCGCAAGGCUUCCGCUCCAGUCACAUCCCGCUCAUCUUAUAAUACCUCAGCUGACAGUCAACCAGGAAGCCGAGGAGGCAGCCGCCCUGCUUCUCGAGGACCUGGCUCUCGUCCUGGUUCUCGGCCUGGGUCUCGGCCACCAAGUCGUGCAGGCUCAGAGGUGUCCCUAGACUCCUAUGAUGGCGGCCGGACCCCCAUGAGACGCACACCCUCAUUCACAGGGCGAACACGCACACCAUCUAGUCAGUCCUCUGGGGUUCAGCGGUCUUCUUCCCUUAGAAAGGCCUCAGCCCCUGUCAAGUCCUCCACAGGCACUGUCAACGGAACUGGGACACGUGCCAUCUCUGUCUCAUCUAGGUUAUAUUCACCGACUCUGUCCAGUCGAUUGAAAGAGGCAGGAAUUAGGACCAAAAUCCCGGUUCUUGUGGGUGCUGCCUCUGAUUGGGAACGGACUAACCUAUCUGGCUCCACAUCUAACCUGAAUGUUGCGGGAACACCCUUAAGGUCCCGAACUUCAUCAACUACUAGUCUUAACUCCAAUCAUUCCACAAGCAAAAUUCCAACACUGAGACACAAAGUGUCCACCACACAAAGCACCACUCCCAAGACCUCCACUACUACAAGGACUCGGAAUCCUUCAGGUUCCAGCAGCACAGGUGGAACUACUAGGAUUGCCCGCAAAUCCUCUGCUGCUUCAGACACGCCUACCGGGAUAGCAAGGAAGACGGGCAUCGCAGAGCCAAGACGCAAGUUGUAGGAGAUUAAAUGGCAAAAUUAUAUUAUAUUGUGCUAGGGCCCACUGAAAGUUGUAAAGAAAAUUUACAUGGUACCCUGUACAGUUUAUAUUAAAACACAUAGAUGUAUGACAGUUACAAGUGAUAAAAUUGUAAAUGUGUAACAUGUUGCCACAUUUUUUGUGGCACAUUAUGAUAUAUAAUUGAUCAUAUUUUCUUUUGGAAAAAGCUUUAAAUAGACAACAUUGUAAUGAUUAGAGAUCUCUGAAAUUAUUUGAUUGGCAUUUUUCUAAUUGAAAUAUUUGACUUCUGGUUGGAUUUAGAUCCAUAUAAUUUCUAUGGAAUAUUCAUCUUUUGAAUUUGCUAGCAAAUGUGAUAUCAUGACAGGGCAAAUCCUGUUGCCUGAUAAUAGGACUGGAUUUGGUUAAUGUUAAUAUAGGAUAGAAAUCAUGGUAUCAAGUUCUAUUUUAUAUUGAUAAUGCCUGAUCCGGCCCUACAAAGUGAUAUGUUUAGGGUAGUGCAAGCCCAUUUUGAGAGUUCUCAGCCAUUCCACUCAACAUAUCGUGCUUGCUUUUGAAAAGGUUGUUUAUUGUGUAAAGUCUCCAAGACAUUGUUGCUUGAUUUUUAUUUUAUUUUUUGUUUAUUUUCACCUUUGUGGCAUACAGUUCAGAAUUUUCAACUUCAAAUAUUUUCUUGGUGACAAUGCAAGUCAAUAAUUGUCUUCAUCAAUUCUUAUGUCAUACUAUGUUAGAUUCUAUUAGAUUUUUUUUCUUUCUUUCUUUUUUUUCUUUUUUUUUAUGCUCCGCCCACUUGAACCAGUGUUUAAGAAGACCUCAGUUACAAGUGUAUUGUCUCAUUUCCCUGAUUCAUAGUCUAAGGCUGUUCUCAUGUACUCACCAUUAACGCUUCAUACCUAACUUGCCUAUGUGCGUAUCAAGCAAGCCUAUGUGGGGUAUUACAGGUUGCCAAAAUGCCACGUCUUGCAAGGAAUAUAUGUUGAUUUGCAACUUGGAGUUCAGCAGGAGUUUAAUGGUGCUUUAUAGUCAUAUAGAAUUUAUACUAAGCAAUAUUGGUACUUGAAAUUAUGUUAAAAUGCGCCUCAAUGGUUUAUUGUCUGUGCUACUAAUAAAGUGCAAAUGUGAUGAGAACAGUAAUUUGAGUCUCGGAUAGUAUAUCAUUUUAUUGUGAUUCCUAAUUGUUAAUAGGAAAAGAUUCUUGUAGCACUAUCUAAGUUACACGACAGCUGAUCUCAUGACAAAACGUUGAAAAAACAAAAAACAAAAAAACUUUCGUUCCUGGAACAGCAAAUCGAGGAUGGAACGGACUCAGAAAGCUAUGUCAAACCUACAUGACAUUAGGUGUGGCUCUGGGAAAAAAAAUAUUGACCAUAAGUAGAGGAUGCAAAUGCUGCAGGCUGGUUCCGGGUUUUAAUGGAGGCAAAACACCAUCUCAUGCCUCUGUUUGGUCUUGUAACAUUUGCAUUGUUUACUUAGCGGUCUUGGUGUCAUUUUUUUUUUCUUCCUCUUCUGUUACCUAACUCUUUAACAGAUUUUUAAUUAGGCUAAAUUUCCGAAUGUUGUCUUUUGUGUUUUUGUUGUAUUGUUUGUAUAAACCUUAGCUUUCAUGCUUUGUUAUAAGUUGUAAAUAAUAUAAUAAUAUAGUAAGCCCAUUGAAAGAUUGAAUUAUGGGGCACAAAAUAAAUUUCACAGUGAGUAACAAAAAUAUGGUAAGAUGUACUAAAGUCCUUUUGGUUGAAUAUACUGUACUUGACCAAUCAUCAUAGAAUAUUUUUUGUAUUUAAAUUGCUUAUGAUUAUACUAAUGCUUCGAUAAUAAAUGAGUAACGAGAUA